AUGGGAGCAUGGUCGAACAGCUCUCUUUCAAGGCACAAGACAUGCAUGGAAGCCUUCGAAGGAACCAACUCCAUUCUUGCAGGAAGCCUCAAACGAGUGACCACAUCAAUACAUGGCCUCCUUGGCAUGUUGCACGCUCACCAAACAGCUGAUUUUGUUGGCUCUAUUCGGACGUCUAAACACAUUAGACCUUGGCUGCAGAGACCAAACUUAAUCGUUUCUCACGACGGGAGUGGAGCUUUCAAGCUAAUAUCCGACGCCAUCGCGGCUGCACCCGAUCAUAGCCGGCAGUACUAUGUAAUUUUUGUUAAGAGAGGAGUUUACUAUGAGUACGUGAAUAUUGAUGCCAAAAAGUCUAAUCUGGUUUUGGUUGGAGAGGGCAUGGACAAUACUAUCAUAUCUGGCAACAGAAGCAAUGGGACUGGUUGGGUCACAUCUGAUUCAGCAACAUUCACUGUAAAAGCCGACGGUUUCAUUGCCGUCAACAUUGGUUUUGUAAACACAGCAGGACCAUACAACAUGCAGGCAGUUGCACUCCGGUCCCAAGGAGAUCGAUCAGCUUUCUUCCGGUGCAGUUUAAGUGGGUACCAAGACACAUUGCUAGUGCAUGACGGCCGCCAGUUCUUCAGAAUGUGCAAAAUAAGUGGCACAGUUGACUUCAUCUUUGGCUACGGCACUGCCGUUUUCCAAAAAUGUACAAUUAUUUCCAAGCAAAACCGUAAAGGUGGCCAAAACGAGAUCAGUGCUCAUGGUCGUUUUAAUCAAAACGAUCCCACGGGCUUCUCUUUCCAGUUUUGUAAUAUUGUAUGUGAUAAUUCAUAUGGUACUGUAUCUGUUGAGAAUCAAACUCCCACGUACUUGGGUCGACCUUGGGGAAAUUGCUCACGUACCGUUUUCAUGCAGUCACAAUUAGAUGCAGUUAUAAGGCCAGAGGGUUGGCAUGAAUGGAGUGGAGAUUUUGGGCUGAAAACUCUGUAUUAUGGUGAGUACAUGAAUGAGGGGCCGGGUUCGAACCUUACGCGCCGGAUCAAAUGGCCGGGUUACCAUGUGAUUACUGACCCAUCCGUGGCUGAUGAGUUUACAGUUGCCAAGUUUAUUGGUGGCAAUUCAUGGCUGCCAUCCACAGGCAUCCCAUAUGCACCAGGGUUAUUGAAGGAUCGAUAAGUUGAACCAAAGAAUAAAUUAACUGGAAGGAGAUGCACGUUGGGAGGUUUGGUAAGGUUGGGAGGGUGAACCAAAUCAACUUGCAUUGGAUCACAAUUUCUUUUUUCUAUAUGCCCAUUGGAUCACAAUUUUUUUUUUUAAUGUAAUUUACCCUUCAAGAGUAUUUGCUUUGACUUUUCA